CAUUGUUCAAAGCUACACUUCAACAGACAACAUCUUUGUUUGAAUUCCACUCUGAAGGUUGGGCGAUAUUUGACACGGAAUUUGGUUGAGAUCGGACUUAUAUCCAUACAAUAAAAUCGGGUCCCAUGAUCACACCCAUCCUACAUCAGUUCAUAUCUCACCGACCUGCUGUCUUAACCUGAAUCCUUCACCUCCGGCCAUUCCCCUGAAACACUCUCCAAUCACAUCUACCAUCCUCCCUUCUUUAACAAUUACCCUUUCCAGUCCUCCACUAUCUUGAAUCCACCCUCACCCUUCCCCACCGCCAAAAUGCUCCCAGGCUACCGCGGCAACCGCCCCCCCCCUUCCUCCUCCAACUCCCGCCCCUCCGAAUCCCAACCCUUCCUCGACCGCCCCGAUCCUCGCUACGGCGCCCAACAACCUCCUCCCGGUCGCUACAACAACGGCCCUUCUCACGAUCCAAAUGCCCCCUAUCGCGACCACAGUCCCGCGCCCACGUACCGCUCCCGCGACCCCCGCCAAGACCCUUACAACGAAUACCAGAACCACCCCCCCAGCCGCUCCGGCGGCGGCGGCGGCGGCGGCAUGACGCUCCGCCCCGUGAAAUCCCCCGGAGGCAACGAAGCGGCCUUCUCGAACAUCGCGCUCGUCUCCCCGGCGGACUUCGGCGGCGCCCCCGGCAAAGGCGCGCGGACGUACAUCCUUCUCAACGGGCGAUACGUGCUGACGGCGGAGCCGAGCGAGGCAUGUCAGCCGGGGACGGUGGGGCUGACGGAUGCGCAGCGGACGUGGGCGGAGGUGAGCAUUGGGCCGAACGACACGGUGGGGGUGGAGCGGUAUGAUGUGCGGAGUCAGGGAGCGCCGUUGUUGGCGAGUGCGGAUGUGGAGAUUGGGUUUGCGACGGCGAAGAAGCAGCAUGAGAAUCCGUAUGAUCAGGAUGAGUUGACGCAGGCAGUUAUUAAGUCGUUCCGCGAUCAGUUCCUGGCGCCUGGACAGGGCCUUUUGCUGAACCAUAAGAACAUUCCGCUAAGGAUCUUGGUGAGAGGUGUGCAGCUUCUGGAUAUAUCCACCGGAGACGCGAAGGACGAGAAAGGAGGUGAAAAAGCGGCUGAUCCGCGAAAGCGGGGGAUCGUGAAUCCAAGCACGCAAUUCAACUUCUUCAAAGAGGAUGCCACUAUCCUAAACCUCAAGGCCUCCAUGUCGCGUCCCGCCGCGAACUCCGUACUCCAGCCCAAUUUCGAGUUUGGAAACCUACAGGUUGGUGGCUUGGACAAGGAACUGGGCAACAUCUUCCGGCGCGCGUUUUCGUCACGAAUCUUCCCGCAAGGGGUGAUGGAGGCCCUGGGGAUCACUCACGUCAAAGGUAUCCUCCUUUACGGACCUCCAGGGACGGGAAAAACCCUGCUGGCCCGCGAACUCGGGCGUUCGUUAAACGCGCACAGUCCCAAGAUCGUCAACGGUCCGGAGAUCUUGAACUCUUACGUCGGCAAGUCCGAAGAGAACGUACGCAACCUGUUCGUCGACGCGGAGAAGGAAUGGAAGGAGAAGAAGUCCGAGAGCAAGACGCAUCUGAUCAUCUUCGACGAGAUUGACGCUAUCUGCAAGCAGCGAGGCUCGGGCGUCGGCGGCGGCACGGGUGUUGGCGACAGCAUCGUCAACCAGCUCCUCUCCAAGAUGGACGGUGUCGAUCAGCUCAACAACAUCCUCGUCGUCGGCAUGACCAAUCGCCGCGAUCUCCUCGACGACGCGCUCCUCCGCCCCGGCCGCUUCGACGUGCAGGUGGAGAUCGGCCUGCCGAGCGAAGACGGCCGCGAACAGAUCCUCGAGAUCCUCACCCGCAGCGCGGUGAAAAGUGGCCGCUUCGCCGACGACAUCUCCCUCAAGGAGCUCGCCCGCAUCACCAAGAACUUCUCCGGUGCCGAGCUCGCCGCCCUCUACCGCGCCGCCGGCUCCAUCGCCAUGACCCGCCACGUGCGCUUCGGCCGUGGCGAGUCCGGCACCGUCGAGCGCCCGGAGGACCUAACCCUCACGAUGGCGGACUUCCUGCAAGCGUUCGAGAACGACGUGAAGCCCGCGCACGGGCUGCAGGUUGACGAGCUGGACGCGAGGAUCCGCUAUGGCAUCAUCCCGUACUCGCCGCGCAUCAAGGAGAUCCUGACCAAGGGACGGCGGGCGCUGGCGGCAUGCUUCAAUGCGGAGUCAGGGAAGGAUACCCAGGUGCGGCCGACAUGUAUCUUGCUACACGGGCUUGCUGGAGCUGGGACGUCGGCGCUCGCGAGUCGCAUGGCGCUGGACGCCGAUGUGCCGCUGGUGAAGUUCGUGGGGCCGACGAAUUUCAUUGGAUAUGGAGCGAUGCAGACGGUUGGGGGGCUACAGAAGGCGUUCAAUGACGCGGCACGGAGCAAGCAGAGUAUCAUCGUCCUAGAUGAUAUCGAAGGGUUGAUCGAGUGGUUUGAUGUGGGCAUGCGAUACAGCACGCAGGUAUUGGCGGCACUUAUGCGCCUGCUCACCGAAUUGUUACCAAAGGGCCACCGCCUCGCCGUCAUCGGCACCACCCGCACCCCCGAGCCCCUCAAGCAGCUUCGCCUUUGGCAAUUCUUCCAAACCAAGAUCGACGUCCCCUACGUGAGUGGGGUCAACGAGCUCGCGCAGGUGCUGCGCCAUUCCGGGAAGUUCUCCGACCGGUCGCAACAGCUGAUUCACGCGACGCUGCAAGAUCAGUUGCGCGGGAACCCGUUGUCGGUGGGGAUCAGAGAUGUGUUCCACGCGGUGGAGAUGGCGAGCGAUGCGGAGCCGCAUGUAUUUGCGGAUGUGUUGCUGAGUAGGGUGCAGGAGGAUAAUCCUUUCUUGAUGCCGCCGCCGCCGGAGGAGGAGAGUAUGGAAUAGAUGUCAAGGUUUGGCGAUAUGUCUAGCAUAAUUGAUUCCAAUUGAAUAGAAUCCAUGCCUUCGACGUAAGUCCCCCGCCAGUGUACUAGAAAAAGUUGCACGCAAUCC